UCUGAGGUUCUCCUUCAAUGUCCAGAGUCCAAACGCAGCGUCCCUCUCAUCACUUCAUUCAUGGCUUCCCAAAUUCUCGGACGCGCUCUCAGACACCGUUCCACGGAACUGUUGUCGACGAAGUUGGGGAAGAACCCCAAUCCGGCCAGUAAGGUUUUCUCGUCUCUCGAUCGGAGCCUUUCUUCUUUUGCUUCUCCUUCUAAUCCAAUCCGAGCUACUCUGUUUCCGGGUGACGGAAUUGGCCCGGAGAUUGCUGAAUCCGUGAGACAGGUUUUCAGAGCAGCUGAUGUACCAAUUGAAUGGGAAGAACACCAUGUAGGGACUGAAAUCGACCCUAGAACACAGAGUUUCCUAACAUGGGAAAGUCUGGAAUCAGUCCGUAGAAAUGGUGUGGGCUUGAAAGGUCCCAUGGCCACACCCAUUGGAAAGGGUCACCGGUCACUGAACCUUACUCUCAGGAAAGAACUUGGUUUGUAUGCCAAUGUUAGACCUUGCAACAGCCUUCCUGGCUACAAAACACGAUAUGAUGAUGUCAAUCUCAUCACUAUCCGUGAAAAUACAGAAGGAGAGUACAGUGGUCUUGAACACCAAGUAGUUAGAGGUGUAGUCGAAAGUCUCAAGAUCAUCACACGCCAGGCAAGUUUGAGGGUGGCUGAGUAUGCUUUCCUCUAUGCCAAGACUCAUGGUCGACAGAAGGUAUCUGCCAUACACAAGGCCAACAUUAUGAGGAAGACUGAUGGUCUCUUUCUCAAGUGUUGCCGGGAAGUUGCGGAGAAAUACCCUGAUAUACAGUAUGAGGAAGUUAUCAUUGAUAAUUGUUGCAUGAUGCUUGUGAAGAAUCCAGCACUCUUUGAUGUAUUGGUGAUGCCAAACCUCUAUGGUGAUAUCAUCAGUGACCUCUGUGCAGGCUUGAUUGGGGGAUUGGGAUUAACACCUAGUUGCAAUAUUGGUGAGGGAGGUAUUGCUUUGGCUGAAGCUGUGCAUGGAUCAGCACCUGAUAUUGCUGGAAAGAAUCUUGCCAAUCCAACUGCUCUACUUUUGAGUUCUGUUGCAAUGCUGCGCCAUCUGAAACUCCAUGAUAAAGCGGAUCAAAUCCAAGAUGCCAUCCUCAAUACUAUUGCAGAAGGGAAGCACCGAACUAUGGACCUUGGUGGCACUUCAACAACUUCGGAUUUCACAAAGGCAGUUUGUGAUCGUCUCUAAGAAUAUUUACAGAAGGCUGGUUUUUCUAUGGCAGUAUACACUUUGUCCACCUCAUGGAGCUAUGUCUACAAGUUCUUCCAUGCAGAGGUCUUAUGGAUUGGUUCUAGAUGGCUUCAACAGAGAGGAAGAGAAUAUUUAUAUUAUGGAUUGCUUCUAGCCAUUGAAUUACUCAGCCUUACUGGUUUUGGCUAUUAGCUUACAAGGCAUCUACUAGAAAAUAUCCAGCGGCAACUAGGCAAAAUAAAAUGUGGCCUCUGGCUCAUGAUUAUCAUGUAAUCUUUACUUCUUUGAACAUUUUCAAUAAAUUUUUUGUUACUACUCCAACAAAAAGAAAAGAAAUAGCA